AUGGGUCGCGUCCGUACCAAGACCACCAAGCGUGCCUCGCGCGUUCUCAUCGAGAAGUACUACCCGCGUCUUACUCUCGACUUCCACACCAACAAGCGCAUCAUCGAUGAAGUCGCUGUUGUGCCCUCAAAACGCCUGCGCAACAAGAUCUCCGGCUUCACGACGCACUUGAUGAAGCGCAUCCAGAAGGGACCCGUGCGCGGCAUCUCGUUCAAGCUGCAGGAGGAGGAGCGCGAGCGCAAGGACAACUACGUCCCCGAGGUCUCCGCACUCGACAUCUCCGUCAACCCGCUCACGAUCGACCCCGACACUAAGGCCCUCCUCGCCGCCCUCAACUUCGACUCCAUCCCCGCGACCGUCGAGACGCCCGUCAUCGCUCUCCCCGAGCGUGGCCCGAGGCGGGACCGCCGCACCGUCCCCGGUGCUGGUCGUUGA